GAGGAGGAGGGGAGGGGAGCUUGAUGGAGGCAGAGCUUCCUCUCUGUCUCUCUGCAUCCCGGCGCAUUGAGGAAUAAUUGAGCGCAGUGAAAGCCGAGCAUUCAUUCAGAGACCUUGACUGGAGCUGCUGCUGAAGCCUGGAGGCUGAGGAGUGAUUCAGCAGGAGGAAUAAAGAAAGAGAGAAAGAAAGGAGAAGGAGAGGAGAGGAGCGUCAACAAAACUUCUCCUUAAUCAGCUCAAACCUGCAGCUUUCACUUCAAAUCCACCUGAACUCAACUUCACUCGGAUUUCUUCGGAUUUUCGCGGACACGUCGAGCGCGCCGGACCUAUCCAGGGGUGUAACCCGUGCGUCUUCGUGCGUCUUUACGCGCGUGUGUGUGUGAGACAGAGCUGGUGGAGGAUCAGCCGGAGUGGCCGACAAGUCAGAAGGAUGCUGGAGGGCAAUGCCUGCAGAACGAGAGGAUGAGAUUUGUCGAAAGGCGCUGGAACUGCUGUCCGACCUGUGCUCCAAGGGAGAGGUGCAGGACGACAACUGCCUGGAUUUCAUUUACUACUUCAGGGACUUGGCCAGACCGCGUUACACGGACUCAGAUGUAUCAGUGAGCCUGUUGUCCCUGCUGGUGACCACCUGUGGUCUGGCUCUCUUCAGCGUCUCCCUCUUUGUCUCAUGGAAGCUGUGCUGGGUGCCGCUGAGUGGCCGGUUCCUCCCAGAUGUCCUCAAGGGGGCGCACUUUCUGGGAGGAGACCAACAACCCGUCCUGACCGAGGUGGACGGGGAGGAAAGGGAGUACAGCGAGGAUGGCUGUGUGAAGGAGCCUUCAGGACCCCCGUCGGCUGUGCCUGUCCCAGAAUCGGCCUUAAAGAUAAGCCACACAUCACCUGACAUCCCGCUGGAGACCCAGGCCAAGGUGGAUAAAAACCAGGUCCACACUCUGGCCAGGGACAGGGUCCAGAGACAGAUUACUGAGCCUACCUCGUCUGUACGGCACAACUCCAUCCGUCGUCAGAUGAACUUGUCCAAUCCAGACUUCAACCCUGCUCAGUUCCAGCGCCAGGAGUCUCUGUCUGGUUUGGGCCGAAUCAAACCAGAACUCUACAAGCAGCGCUCAGUGGACGCAGAAGAUGGCCGUCGCUCCGACAGUUGUGGCCGUCUCAACUUCGUCUUGAAGUUUGACUUUGACCUUGAGCAACUGAUUGUGAAGAUCCACAAGGCCCAGGACCUUCCCGCCAAGGACUUCUCAGGGACCUCCGAUCCUUACGUCAAGAUCUACCUGCUGCCUGACCGCAAAAACAAGCACCAGACCAAGGUGCACCGCAAGACACUCAACCCAGUGUUCGACGAGGUCUUUCUCUUUCCUGUAGCGUACGCCGAACUGUCAAGCCGGAAGCUGCACUUCAGCGUCUACGACUUUGACAGGUUCUCUCGCCAUGAUUUGAUUGGUCAAGUGGUGGUGGACAACUUCCUGGAUCUUGCCGACUUUCCACGGGAGACAAAACUUUGCCGGGACAUACAAUAUGUAACCUCGGACAACGUGGACCUGGGAGAGCUGAUGUUCUCAUUGUGCUAUCUCCCCACGGCUGGAAGGCUCACCAUCACCAUGAUCAAAGCCAGAAAUCUCAAAGCCAUGGACAUCACUGGAGCUUCGGACCCAUACGUGAAAGUGUCCCUGAUGUGCGAUGGCCGGAGGCUAAAGAAGAGGAAGACAUCGACCAAGCGUAACACUCUGAACCCGGUGUACAAUGAAGCCAUCGUGUUUGAUGUUCCUCCUGAGAACAUCGACCAGAUCAGCCUGCUCAUAGCUGUCAUGGACUAUGAUCGGGUCGGACAUAAUGAAGUGAUCGGGGUGUGCAGGGUGGGCAACGAGGCAGAGAGUCUGGGGCGAGACCACUGGAGUGAGAUGCUGACAUACCCACGGAAACCCAUUGCACACUGGCACCCACUCAUAGAGUGGGUCGGACAGGGAGCGGCGGGGACUGGAAGCCAAGGAGGAUCCACCAAUUCCCUGAAGACACCACCAUCGCCAUGACCCCACCCCACCCCACCUCAGACCUCCACCACCACCACCAUACACUCACAUGAAAACAAACACACCACACACAUGCACAGCCUCUGGGUGGUAAAAUGAUGAAAAUGGACGUGCAGAUAGUCCAAAUGAAAUGUUGAAGGUGCGACUUAGAAGCGACUAAAAGCCAUUACAUGAAGUGGUUACUGGACGAGUGUGCGAAGGCUGCAGCAAAGGUUAACCCACAAUUUUUACUUCCUCUUGUGUCUUCACAACCAAAAAACAAAAAAAAACUAAACAAAAAAAAAAACACUUAACUACAUUCCAACUGAACUUCUACAGUACUUUCAUUUGUCAUUUUGAGUUGUUACUGACAGUAUUAACAGGUUGAGAUUAUCUAAACAGGUCAAGCUUUUUUUUUUUUAAGCAAAAAGCAGUUUGUGGACCAAAAUUAUACAUUUUUAGGCCAACGUGUGAAGCUGUAACUUUGUGAUUUAUGUGUGAGUGAUGAGCUGUCAUAGAUAAAGUCAGAGUUCAACAGGUGAGGUUACAGAAUUAGACACGACAAAGAGGGCGUACCAGUUCAGCUCAGCAAAGACUCGGCUCGUUUGAACAUUCAUUUAGCUGUUGUGUCAAACGUGUGUCAAACUUCUCAUGCAUUGGUAAAAGUGUUUCCUAACCUCUGUGGAAGCCACAGCUGAAUUGAACAAGAGAGUUUUCUUUGUCUAAAACCUUAAAUUUUUACUUUCAUGGGACGACUUUCUCACAGAAAACCUCCUGUAAAGACAUGAGCUGAAGAAGAAUGUGCAGCAGCUGACAAAGCUAACAAAGUGUUUUAUUUACUGCAUGUUAAAAAUUGUCAUAUUUUGUUAACGGGGUGUGGUCUGAAUGAAAGAAACGCAAGGGUUGGUGAUCUCUAAGUAAUACGGUUAAUGAGUUAAAGCUGACAUAUGUAAAAUAUUAAGACAUUUAGACAUUAAGAGAUGUCUUGUGUUGCAGAGAUAUCCACUGAAGAUUUGGUCGAAAUGAAACAUUAAUCCAGAGUUAGACGUGUGGAGCUGCUGGUUUCUUAAAAAACAAAAACAGCUCAUUAACAAAAUCUUCAACUCGCUUGUCUUCUCUGUUUGUGGCACCUCGAGGUCCAGCACAAUGAUGCAUUAAAAAAGAGAAAGAGUGAGGUUAGACAAUCAGCUCCAGCUGUUCACCUGAGCUCUCCCUCUGGCUCUACACACUGUUAUAGCUACCUCUGUGAUUACCCACCUCCCUCUCACUCCUCUCCUGCUUGAUGCCUGCCCAAGCUUGAAUCCGCCAUGCUAUGAUUGGAGUUGCUGUGAAUCUUAAAAAGUUCAGUUUCAGAGAGGUUCAGCUGGAGGCGGUGUGCUUUCAUCCAUGUAGAUAUGUGUGUGAGGUAUUCAGAGAGCAGGCAGAUGUGACAGAUAGAGCGGCGUGUCAUCUGCAUAGCAGCGAUAUGAUGCAGAGGUGGGUUAAAGAGCGAAGAGAAGGGGGCCUAGCACCGAGCCCUGGGGCACCUCUGUGGUUUAAAUUUCAAGCUUCACAAUGGAGUUGUUGGCUUGAAUCCGGCAUGUUACGGUUGGAGUUGCUGUGAAUCACUAGUUCUGGUGGCCUUUAGGACUACCAAGUUAAUUGCACGGCCAACUGUUUUAACGGCAGUUACCCUAACUCUUCGACCUUAUCUAAAUAUCGGCAAAGAUGAGGAUCAUCAGUGACUUGAUUUCCAUCCUGAGAAACACACAAACGUUCCUUUAAUUCAGACCACACCCUGUUUUUGUUGUUUUAUUAAAGCCAGUGUUUGUUUUUUGAAAUUCAGAUUAAUACCAGUAUCGUUUAUGUCUUUGUAUUGGACACUGUCGCAGGUAAACAGUGGCGAUGAUUUCCUCUGUGUUUGUAGCUACAGUGCAUGCAUCAUUUUUUUUCUGUGAGUCAUUUUUGAAAUCUCUCUUUUGCUGUGAGAUACUAAUCCAACUGUAAACACGAGAUGUAUUACGAACCUAAGGCAGACUGUGUAAAAUUGUCCAUUCAGAUGUUAUUAAUAAAUAUUUCUAUACAUAGCAGGGAUUGAUUUAUGAGGAGUGU